UUAGAUUUUGAAAGCAGGACUUCAAGUAAUGAAAGGGAGGUUUGAUUCUGCAUUACGAUCACGGUUAAUUAAUCAACAAAAAGCUCCUUGCUUGAUUCUUGAUGGAGGUAUGGGCACUGCCAUGAGUAAUAUGGGUUUGAAUGAGUAUGAUGCCUGGAGUGCACCUCGCAGGCUGAAUGAAGCACACAUCCGUGACAAGGUGAAGGAAGUGCACAUGAACUUUUUAGAAAGUGGUGUUGAUAUUCUUACAACAAGCACAUAUGACUUCGAUUAUGAAUUGGAUGACACUGGUCCAUAUCAAAUGAAGAGUCAGUGGGUUUUUGAAAAUUUAAAUUUAGUAAGAGAAACAGUUGAUGAGUUUAUGGCAAAGAAAUCAAAAAGUGUUGAUGUUCUUAGACCACUAUUGGCCAUGUCUGUUGGUUCGGUUGCAACGAGAAUCACUGGGAGGGCUGAAACUGCAAACAGAGAACAUGAGGUUGAUGGUGAAUGUAAAAGGGUUGAAGGUUAUGGCUACAAAGAUUCCGAAAUUAUGCAUUACUUCAAUGUAAGGUUGGGUGAUGAUAUACUGCGUCAUGCUGCUAUAUACGAUGUUGCUGUUAUAGCAUUUGAAACUGUGGGAGAUUUGUUAGAAGUACAAGUUAUUUGUGAUGUUCUGAAAACUAAGGCCGAUCUGCUCGCUGAGACUGCAAUGUCAACAUGGGUUACAUUGACUUGUCUCGAUGAAGAAACAGUUGACACAGGAGGCAGCGUGACUUCUUGUUUUGAGCUGCUGGCUAAGUGUCCUCAGGUAACUGGUGUUGGUGUUAACUGCACUGAGCCUCAUCUCGUUACACCUAUCAUUGGGAAAAUAAAGCAAGUAUUAAAAGAGUGUAAUGCAGAAGAUAAACUUAUUGUUGUUUAUCCAAACAGCGGUGAAAUCUACCUCUCCAGAGCAUUAAAAGAUGGUGAAACAAAUUAUUGGAAAGCGCAUUCGUCUUAUAAGGAUUGGAAUUUUGCUGAUGCUGCCAUGGAAUGGAUUGAUAAUGGUGCGCACAUAGUAGGGGGCUGCUGCAGAAUAACUGCUCAGAACAUUGCUGAAUUAGCAAAAAAAGUUGGCAAACUUUAGCUGUUUCGCAAAAUUGCAUGCCAAUAGUAUUUUUAAAGAAUGAUCAAUGGUGUAAUUUUUCUCUUUGUGUUUAUUCAGCAUU